GUCACUUCCGGUGCUUGAGGAUAUUCAUUCGAAAUUCCCUUUUGGAAUAGGUGAGUGUGAUAGGCAUUGGGAGGUGCAGGCAUGGUGGGUGUGGAAAAGAAAGAGAACGCCAAGAAGGAGCUUAACAAAGGGCCCUGGAAAGCUGAAGAGGACAGGCUUCUAAUGAAGUACGUUGAGGCUCAUGGGGAAGGGAAGUGGGCGACCGUCUCCAAGAGAUCAGGACUAUUGCGAGGAGGAAAAAGCUGCAGGUUAAGAUGGAUGAAUCACCUAAGACCAAACCUGAAGCAUGGUGGAAUGUCUGAGGAGGAAGAAGAUCUAAUCAUCCGAUUGCAUAAGCUGCUAGGCAAUAGGUGGUCAUUGAUUGCUGGUCGUCUUCCCGGCCGGACUGAUAAUGAUGUCAAGAACCACUGGAACACUCGUUUGAGCAAGAAGCUAGGGACAAGAAAGACUUCCUUUAAGCCCGCGUGGACCUCCGUUCGAACUCACCAAGGCAAGGGAAAGAGGCAGCUGAGUGCAGCCAAGGAGUCCAGUCCAGAACCAAUGGCGGCACAAGAACCAUUAUUCAUGGAAGAGGUCAAGGAAGAGGUCUUGCAUGGAGACCUCAAUCCCAUAUUCAGUAAUAAUCACAACGAGAUCACGAAGGAUGAAGGCGCCAACGACAAAGGGAACGACCAGAACAACAAUGUGAUAAAUACCGAAAACGAUAACAAUGGUGAUGAUAAGGACAAUGAAUGGAGUUCGUAUGUGGAAUGUGAUGCAGUGUUGCUUCAUGAGCCAUACCUUCCAGCCUUGGACUCCAUGGAUUUGCUGGAGCCCUUUGGUUACGGCAUGGAAUAUAUGCCUUGGGAUUUCACUGAUCAGUAUGACCUUGGUAACUUCUCCCAUUACGUUAAUGACGACAACUUCAGUGGCUUGGGCCUGCAUAGGUUCUAUGACAAUACAUGAUCAGAACGGGAGGCUUCUCUCUGAUUGUUCUUUCUUUGUGGUCUUUUUCUUUGUUGGUGUUCUCUUUUAUUUUACCCGUGGAGUUGUAAAUCCAGAGUCGACCGGUGAAGCUACUGCUCUAAUAUAAAUGCAAUAGCUUCUUUCUUUUCUUUUUUUCUUUUCUUUAGGGAGUUGUUGCGAGUCCAUUGAAGCUACUGCUGCUUUAGAAAAUGCAAUAGCUGAUCGUAAGAACCGAGCUAGAUGGUCCUGUCAUUUGUUGUGUUUGCAUGUUAAUCAAUCGGUCAAUCUCCAUUAAGCCGAAGAAAAAGGCAGUCUAUUUGUGUAAGGCCAAGUAGACCCUUCGUCAAAGGAGGGCAGAUUCUGGUUUCUUGAAAUAUUAACUUGGGAACUGUGAUUCUGCUGCGA